AGAGACAUAUUUAACCAAGGAACCAACGGUAGUCGAGUUAAAACUUCGAGGCACUUUUUAAGCGAUGCAACAGCGGAACUUCCGGUCCACAUGUAAACCCAACAGCGUGAUAAACGUAGAUGAUACUGUAAUCUGGGUAAAUUUACCUGAAAAAAACCCGCAUUGAACUAGUGACAGUAGUUUGUAAACAUGAAGCUGCUCACGCACAACAUGUUGACAUCCCACGUGAAGGGAGUCACUAAAGGAUACCCGCUGCUCAUCAAGGCAACUGAGGUGAAGGUGAAUGAGGUAGACUUCAACCCUCAGUUUGUCACCCGCAUGAUCCCCAAACUGGAGUGGAGCGCUCUGGUCCAGGCUGCAGAGGAGUUGGGUCAACGGCAAGACCUGCCUGAUGAGCUGGUACCGGAAUAUGAGAACAAUGAAGAGUUCCUGAAGAAAGUGCACAGAGUGCUAUUAGAGGUGGAGGUGAUAGAGGGCUGUCUGCGGUGCCCUGAAUCAGGACGAGAAUUCCCGAUCUCCAGAGGAAUCCCCAACAUGCUGCUGAACGAGGAUGAGGUGUAGACGGCAGCUCCACGACAUCAACGCUUCUCAUACACAACCUCACCCCAAGGUGUCACUCACAUUGGAUUGUGGGUAUUCAGAAAGAGAGAAGAGAAAGGUGGGACUAAACUCGGGGCCAUGAGAAAAUAGGCCACACUGUUUGGUUGAUUGUUGUUAUGACAUUUACGUGAGUGAUGCUGCCAGUGGAGGGAAAAGAUUUCAAGAAUAGCUGAUGGAAAUGUUCCCUGAGAGUAACCCCCAGUGGUUUAUCUGUAUUUAUUUUUGUAACUGUUUUGGGUUCUUUCUUUCUUUCUUUUUUCAAUAAAACUCUUGAUUUCCCAACAACAGCCAAAAUUGUUUAAGGUUUUUGUGGAAAAUAUGGAUUCACUUUUAUUACAGACAUGCUAAAAUAUAUAACCCCUGAGGUUCCAGGGUGAACCCCAUCUCGCCCUCUCUCCGGGUUAAGACAGUGCUGAGGGCCAGAUGACGUGGCAGUGGCUUGUCUAUAUUUGGCUUUGAGGAAAAUAGGCAGAAAAAGCAGGCAGGCUGGAAGUUGUUUUUGAGGAAGUCUUUCUUUUUUAUGCCACACGCACACAAACACGCACACAUGCACUCGUACGACACCCCACCUGGGCGGGCUUCUGUGAUCUGAGAUGUCCCACAGUGUGUCUGCUCAUAGAAAGAGUUGAAGUCCACAUAGAUAAAAAAGUGUCUUUCCAAUCAUUUCUGGCUAAGAUGGUGCAGCAGUAGUCAAGUUGGAACAGGAGUCUGUUUGUUCGCAAGCAUUGUAAUCAAAACCUUGCCAGAACAGACGCUGAAAGGAGGGGGGGGGGGUUGCCCUGACCAGAAGCCUCAAGGGAGCCUGAGUCUCUCCUACCUUUCCCUUCUACUUACAGCAAUUACAGGCCUGCACCCGCAACUAUAAUAAUGGUAUAAUGGGAUGGCAGCAGAGCAGCAAUAAAAACCACCCCUGACAGAUUAACAGUCCACUCCAAGUUCUGAGCUGUAAUUAACGAGGAGACCGAAAGAGGAACAGAGAGAAAAGAAAGGGCCUAGAUUGGUAGC